AUGGCAGGUGGGUCAGGAACAUCUGAAGCGUCUUCGGGUCUUCAACGCAUAUUUGACACAGACAGUAGUGAAAGUGAAGAGCUUUACCCUUUGGAUCCUGACAGUGAUGAAUCUUGGCAUCCAUCGACCAGCAGCUCCAGCUCCGAUGAUAUUUCGUAUCCAUGUUGUGGCGGCAGCAUCGGCGACCUGAUAUCUUCUGCGGCGCUGCUGGCGCUGCUCGCGUGCCUGGGGGCGGCGGGGGCGGCGCGCUCGCCCGACUUCUGCCCCGUGGGCUGCAGCUGCGACGACAAGACGCUCGUCGUCACCUGCAUCGAGACCAACCUGGACGUCAUCCCCAUCACGCUCAACCCCGCCAUCCAGCGGCUCGUGCUCAAGCACAACCGCAUCAAGACGGUGCACGCCGCCUUCCAGUUCUACGGGGAGCUGCACUACGUGGACCUGUCGCACAACCACCUGCUGAGCAUCCCGGCGGGCAGCUUCGAGGCGCAGCGCAAGCUGGCCGAGCUGCGGCUGGACCACAACAAGCUGUCGAACGUGACAGCGCGCACGUGGCAGGGGCUGGCCGCGCUGACGGCGCUGUCGCUGCGCCGCAACUACCUGGAGGAGCUGGCGGCGGCGCAGUUCGCGUCGCUGCCACUGCUGGAGGAGCUGGACCUGGGCGAGAAUCGGCUGCAGCGCGUGGACGCGCGCGCCUUCGCCGGCCUGGGCGCGCUGCGCGUGCUCUACCUGGACGACAACCAGCUGCGCGCGCUGCCCACGCCCGCGCUCCAGCCGCUCGCCAGCCUCGCCGAGCUGCGCGUCGGCGCCAACGUCUUCCCCCAGCUGCACGACGACGCCUUCAAGGGCCUGUCGCGGCUGACCGUGCUGGACGUGAGCGGCGCGGGCGUGCAGAACGUGAGCGCACGCGCCUUCCGCGGCCUGUCGGGGCUGCGCCGCCUCUCGCUGGCCGGCAACCAGCUGCGCACCGUGCCCUCCCAGCAGCUCGCCGAGCUCGACCGCCUAGAAGAGCUCAGCAUCGGCCAGAACGACUUCGUCUCCAUCGACAAGAACGCCUUCCAGGGCCUGACGCAGCUGCGGCGGCUGGAGGUGGUGGCGGCGCCGCGGCUAGAGCGUGUGUGCGCGGGCGCACUGUCGGCCAACCUCAACUUGGAGUCGGUGACGCUGAGCAGCAACAAGAAGCUGCAGGCGCUGGAGGCGGGCGCGCUCGCCGGGCUGCCUAAGCUGCAGGAGCUGGUGCUGCGCGACAACGCGCUCGUCGCGCUGCCCGAGGCGCUCAUGGCAGCGUGGCCGCAGCUGCGCCGCCUCGACCUGUCCGACAACCCGCUGCAUUGCCACUGCUCGCUGCUCUGGCUGCGCGACGUGCUCGCCACCAGCAACGCCUCACAGGUGACAUGCGCCUCGCCCGCGCACCUGCGGGAUCGCCACCUGCGCCAGCUGACGGCGGACGACCUGGGCUGCGCUCUGCCGGCCAGCCGGAGGCAGGCGCUGCUGGGGGCAGUGGGCGGCGGCUGCCUGGCGCUCGUCGCCGUGCUCGUCGGGCUCGCGUGCCACUACCGGCGCCGCCUCUGCGCCGCGCUCAAGGAGCACCGCUUCAAGAAGAAGCGCCAGGCCAAGGAGCACGAGUACCAGAAGACCUUCUCGUCGGACGACGAGUACAUGGUGAGGGGGCUGCACCAACCUCCGACGGUGGCGGGCGGUGCGCACCAGCUGAAGCCGAUCCCUGUGACGGAGCUGUAGCUAGAGCUGUUCGGGCCGGGGGCAGGCCAGCCGGGGGCGCCACCCCCGGGCCCCCGGGCGGGCGUCUUCUUCGUGCCCGCCCCCGC